CCCAAACAGCCUUAAAAUUGGGUCAAAAAACCACAGUAGAGGAAGCUAAAAAUGCUUUAUUAGACUUUUUAAAAAGCACCAAUGUUUAUGAAAAGAAUCUUAUUUCAAAAAAAGAAUCUGAAAUCAAUAAAAUGGUUGAAAAUCUAGAGAAUUAUUUUGCUGAUCAUUUUUAUGAGAC